AUGGCGAAGAACGCUCCUCUUGGCCUUGCCGGCCUGGUCCUCAUCGCCGUCUCCCUCCUCCUGCUGUGGUUCAUCAUCCUGUCAGGCCUGACCUCAACCACGCCCUUUGACAAGACGUACUUCCUCCGCGCCGACACAGGCGGCAUCUCAGGUGCCCGCGAAAUCACCCAGUGGAACUUCUUCUACAUCUGCGGCGCCGGCAACAACGACUGCGACGGCGCUCGCGCUGCUCCUGUCAUCGGACGUGCUUGGAACUCGAACCCUCGCAAUGCGCCUAGCUCGCUCGUCGGCGGUCGCGCUGGCGACACCACCUCCAACAGACAAUUCUUCCUCUGGCGCUUCAGCUGGGUCUUCAUCCUGAUCACCCUGUUCUUCGAGACCAUCGCCUUCUUCACCGGCUUCAUUGCAUGCUGUGGCCGUCUCGGCGCUGGCAUCUCUGGCUUCAUCUCCAUGUUCGCCCUGUUCUGCUCGUCCGUCGCCAUGUCUCUUAUGACUGCUACUUGGGUUCUCGCCCGCAACGCCUUCCAGCGUGACGGCCGCUCGGCCUCCAUUGGUCGCUAUGCUUUCGGAUUCGCCUGGGCAUCUUGGGCAACUCUCUUCAUUGCCACCAUCCUCUUCUGCCUGGGCAUGCGCGGCGGCGAUAAGGCUGCAAGCGGAGGCUACAGCGGUCGUUCAUGGCGCCGCAGACGCAGCGUCCGCAGCACCAACGGUGGAGGUUACGAGGGUCGCCGUGUCAAGGAUGACUACUCCUAA